AUGGAGACAUCGUCGAUGCCGGUCUUUAUUUACGGGCCCCUCUGUGCCAAACCUCUGCCGGCCUGGGUUCUGAUUGGCGAUGCGACUCUUGUGGAUGAGAUUUCACAGCUCAUCCAGACCGCCAUAGUCAAAUAUUUCGUCCUCCACAAACUGAACAACUGCAAUUGUCCUGCGCCCGUCAAGAAACAUGGUGCAUCGAUCAAUGGCUAUGUCGUACGGUCAAUGACGCAGUCACAGAGAAGAAACCUCGAAAGUUUCGACGAUGAGACUUACCGAGUCAAAGACGUUCAAGCCGUUCUCACUGCGCCCGCGAAAUCGUGGAAACGCAGAUUCACCCGCAAGUCACCUUCUGAGGAGCUGUGGGACUUGGAAUGGUUCAUUGAAGAGAGGCUGGAAGAUUGGAUUGCGGCCCUUGAAGGAGAGAAGAUGGCGAUGAUGGGAGGCUGUGAAAAUUGA